UGAACAGUUUGGAUAUGAAUUACAGCUAGGAUGCGUUAGGUACUGCUGCCGUACUAAAUCGGAGAAACGCUUUAGGGAGUAGAGUGAGGAACUAGAGGAGAGAAGAAUGAUUGGAACCUUAGCUAGAAGAAUUUCGUCAGCGGCUUCGGCUAGGACCCGAUUGGAUCCGACCCGGAACUUUUGUUUGGGUGUCCUACCCGACACCAUUGACCGGGAUUCCGAAUCCUUCGCCAGCAACUCCAAGGUUAUGGUAGGACUCAUUUCCCAACUCCACUCGCACAUUCACCAGGUUAUGAAUGGUGGAGGACCUGAGGCUGUGAAGAGGAACAGGAGUAGGAACAAGCUUCUUCCUAGGGAUAGAAUUGAUUGCUUGAUUGAUCCCGGUUCUUCAUUUCUUGAGCUUUCCCAGCUUGCUGGCCAUGAAUUAUAUGAAGAGCCUUUGCCAUCUGGUGGAAUAAUUACUGGAGUUGGACCUGUGCAUGGAAAACUAUGUAUGUUUGUGGCAAAUGACCCCACUGUGAAGGGUGGAACGUAUUAUCCCAUCACUGUCAAGAAACAUCUAAGGGCACAAGAGAUUGCAGCUAAAUGCAGACUGCCCUGCAUGUAUCUCGUGGACAGUGGGGGUGCUUUCCUUCCAAAGCAAGCUGAGGUGUUUCCUGACAAGGAAAAUUUUGGUAGAAUUUUCUACAAUCAAGCACUGAUGUCAGCUGAAGGUAUUCCCCAAAUUGCACUGGUACUAGGUUCUUGCACAGCUGGUGGGGCUUACAUACCUGCAAUGGCGGACGAAAGUGUAAUGGUCAGAGGAAAUGGAACAAUAUUUCUUGCUGGACCUCCACUUGUGAAGGCUGCUACAGGAGAAGAGAUUUCUGCAGAAGACUUGGGGGGUGCAACCGUGCAUUGUAGAACUUCAGGUGUUUCAGAUUACUUUGCUCAAGAUGAACUGCAUGCACUUGCUAUAGGGAGGAAUAUAAUUAAGAAUUUGCACAUGGCUGGGGGUGUAAAUGAUCAUCUCGUACCUGAUUACAAAGAGCCAUUGUAUGAUGUAGAAGAACUUCGUUCUAUUGCACCAACAGACCUCAAACAGUCGUUAGACAUCCGAUCUAUUAUAGCUCGCAUUGUAGAUGGAAGUGAAUUUGAUGAAUUCAAGAAAUUGUAUGGCACUACACUUGUAACAGGUUUUGCAAGAAUUCUUGGGCAACCUGUUGGGAUUCUUGGAAACAAUGGUAUAUUAUUUAAUGAAUCUGCUUUAAAAGGAGCUCACUUUAUCGAAUUAUGCACUCAACGUAACAUUCCCUUGAUCUUUCUCCAGAACAUCACGGGAUUUAUGGUUGGCUCAAAAUCUGAGGCCAGUGGUAUAGCAAAAUCUGGAGCUAAAAUGGUUAUGGCAGUUUCUUGUGCAAAGGUACCCAAAAUUACAGUUAUCAUUGGAGGAAGCUUUGGAGCAGGAGAUUUUGACACAUAG